GAACCACUUUGGUUACAACUCACACCUGCGUCAAAAACCUUUUUCUCUUCUCUCUUUUUAUUUUUUUAAAGCUCACCAAACUCCAGAGAGGAGCUCUCUGAAUUUAGCUUGGGGUGAUUGUAAGGUGGAGAAGAAGAAGAGGGUCUGGUGUGGAAUUGGAAGAGGUGUAGUGGGUAGUGAUCAGUUUGGGGAUUGGAUCAGUGGAGGUUGAGAAAGUUGGAAGCUUUUGAGAUGCCGGAGGAGGAUUUGGUGGACAUAAAGUUCAGGCUGUAUGAUGGGUCCGAUAUUGGGCCGUUCAGCUACUCAUCGGCGUCUACAGUCGAUGUGCUUAAGCAGAGGGUCGUCUCUGAUUGGCCCAAAGGCAAAACGAUGACACCCAAGACGGCGAAUGAAGUGAAGCUAAUGUGUUUUGGUAAGAUUUUGGAGAACAGCAAGACAGUGGGUCAGUGUAAAUUACCUUUUGGUGAUGUUGGCGGUGGGGGAGUUAUGGUAAUGCAUGUUGUUGUACAGCCAACUAUAGAUAAAGCAAAAUCAGACAAGAAGAUCGAUGAUUUGCCACGGAAAGUUGUCUGUUCAUGUUCCAUAUUGUGAAAAAAAAGAAACUGUUCGUGUUGGGAUUUGGUGACCUCGGGUAUCAGUGCUCUGACGACAUAAACCAUCUCUUGACAUACAUUUGUUCAUUGUUAUUUGUGCAUCAACAUGUACAUGUUAAAGUUGUGCGUACAGAAAACCAUGUUGAUGGUGAUUUCUUUAGUUGCUGCUACUUGCAAUUGCUAGGCCAUGUCUUCCACCAUCACAGAGUGCUUUCUCGUUGUUUACGGUCUGUCUUUCCCUGUAGAUUGCAUGAAUGAUUGUAUAGUUAUGUAAAAGUUGUAUAUCAAUGCAAAGAUCCACUUGUAAACUACCAAGGAAGAAUGAUGUGUUUAUGUUGGAUUUUCUAUCAUGCAAGAAUUUUGAGCGCUAGCUUUCUUUUCUUUGU